CACUCACGCACGUACGUACGGCGCCAGCCCAAGGGCGACAGCAGCGCGCAGGCGCACGUAGGUCCCCGCGCUUUUCGGAGGACCCCGGCGUUCCAGACCGGCCGCAGGAUAGCAGCAUCAAGGAGCAUUGUGUACAUGGAGAAGUGCAUAGUACCUGGAUUGACACUGCUCAUGUUCCAUUUCUGGUACCGUUCAUAACUGACUGUGUGAUCUCAAGACCUCUAAAAUGCAGACCUCCAGCUCUAGAUCUGUGCACCUGAGUGAAUGGCAGAAGAAUUACUUCGCAAUUACAUCUGGCAUAUGUACAGGACAGAAGGCAGAUGCAUACCGUGCACAGAUAUUACGCAUUCAGUAUGCAUGGGCAAACUCUGAGAUUUCCCAGGUCUGUGCUACCAAACUGUUCAAAAAAUAUGCAGAGAAAUAUUCUGCAAUUAUUGAUUCUGACAAUGUUGAAUCUGGCUUGAAUAAUUAUGCAGAAAACAUUUUAACUUUGGCAGGAUCUCAACAAACAGAUAGUGACAAGUGGCAGUCUGGAUUGUCAAUAAAUAAUGUUUUCAAAAUGAGUAGUGUACAGAAGAUGAUGCAAGCUGGCAAAAAAUUCAAAGACUCUCUGUUGGAACCUGCUCAUGCAUCAGUGGUAAUCCAUAAGGAGGCCACUGUCUUUGAUCUUCCUAAAUUUAGUGUUUGUGGUAGUUCUCAAGAGAGUGACCCAUUACCUAACUCAGCUCAUGAUCAAGAUAGGACCCAGGACUUCCCAGAGAGCAAUCCUUUGAAACUCCUUCAGAGUGCCCAGCCACCUAUGGUGACUAACGCUGCUAAGACUUGUCCUACAUUCUCAGCACCUGUACAUGACGCAGCCACUGCAAAAUUCCAUGUCACACCGUUGUUUGGAAAUGUCAAAAAGGAAAAUCAGAGCUCUCCAAAAGGAAACACAGGACUUAAUAUGUUCUUAUCUAAUCAGUCUUGUUUUCCUGCUGCCUGUGAGAGUCCACAAAGGAAGUCUUUUUAUGAUUGUGGCACCAUUGAUGCACUUUCCAAUCCAAUACUAAAUAAGGCUUGUAGUAAAACAGAGGAUAAUGGCCCAAAGGAGGAUAGCAGCCUGCCUACAUUUAAAACGGCAAAAGAACAAUUAUGGGUAGAUCAGCAAAAAAAGUACCACCAACCUCAGCGUGCAUCAGGGUCUUCAUAUGGUGGUGUAAAAAAGUCUCUAGGAGCUAGUAGAUCCCGAGGAAUACUUGGAAAGUUUGUUCCUCCUAUACCCAAGCAAGAUGGGGGAGAGCAGAAUGGAGGAACGCAGUAUAAGCCUUAUGGGGCAGGGCCUACAGAACCAGCACAUCCAGUCCAUGAGCGUCUGAAGAACUUGGAGCCAAAGAUGAUUGAACUUAUUAUGAAUGAGAUUAUGGAUCAUGGACCUCCAGUAAAUUGGGAAGAUAUUGCAGGAGUAGAAUUUGCUAAAGCCACCAUAAAGGAAAUAGUUGUGUGGCCCAUGUUGAGGCCAGACAUCUUUACUGGUUUAAGGGGACCCCCUAAAGGAAUUUUGCUCUUUGGUCCUCCUGGGACUGGUAAAACUCUAAUUGGCAAGUGCAUUGCUAGUCAGUCUGGGGCAACAUUCUUUAGCAUCUCUGCUUCAUCCUUAACUUCUAAAUGGGUAGGUGAGGGGGAGAAAAUGGUCCGCGCAUUGUUUGCUGUUGCAAGGUGUCAGCAACCAGCUGUGAUAUUUAUUGAUGAAAUUGAUUCCUUGUUAUCUCAAAGGGGAGAUGGUGAGCAUGAAUCUUCUAGAAGGAUAAAAACAGAAUUUUUAGUUCAGCUAGAUGGAGCAACAACAUCUUCUGAAGAUCGUAUCCUAGUGGUAGGAGCAACAAAUCGGCCACAAGAAAUUGAUGAGGCUGCCCGGAGAAGAUUGGUGAAAAGGCUUUAUAUUCCCCUCCCAGAAGCUUCAGCCAGGAAACAGAUAGUAAUUAAUCUGAUGUCCAAAGAGCAGUGUUGCCUCAGUGAGGAGGAAAUCGAACAGGUUGUACAGCAGUCUGAUGGGUUCUCAGGAGCAGACAUGACACAGCUUUGCAGAGAGGCUUCUCUUGGUCCUAUUCGCAGUUUACAAACUGCUGACAUUGCUACCAUAACACCGGAUCAAGUUCGACCAAUAGCUUAUAUUGAUUUUGAAAAUGCUUUUAGAACUGUGCGACCUAGUGUUUCUCCAAAAGAUUUAGAGCUUUAUGAAAACUGGAACAAAACUUUUGGUUGUGGAAAGUAAAUGAGAUUCUUAGAAUCAAAAGAAGGCAUCUCUGUAGUACAGUCUUUUUUUUUUUUUGGCAUAGAAAGUUGGGGAUGUGUUAAUUGUGUUUUUUAGAAUAUAUUCUGAAUGAAUUCUGUACUUCAAAUAAUAGCUCAGAUUUUAUAACUGAUUGACAUAGUGUAUGUUAAUGUAAGUUUUGCUCUCCAGUGAUUACCUGAUAUGUAAGCCUAUCUGAACAAAGUGAGAAUGAACUUUUGUUUCUAAGAAGUCUUUCUCUUGAAGCUAUAUAACAUGAAAAGUGAGCUCAAAUUGUUUUUACUUGAAGAUUGCAUAUAAAGUUGUAUCUGAUUAAUAUUCAUCUUUUAUUGAAGAAAAUGCCGUCUGAUGGCCACAUAAUUCUUAAUGUUGGCUAGUAUAAUGGUUUACAUUUGGACAAAGUAUUGCUUAGUGUUAUUUGAGUAGAUUUAAGAUCUCACGAAAAGCUAAAGUGCCAAUUUUUACUUUCUUCAGCCAAUUUGUUUCCUCUUUUCUGGUUGUUAAUUUUUAUCGGGACUAACAUUUUCAGAAAUAGCAAGGUGUGAUCUAGUAUUAGAGAUAUGUUCACAGAACUGAAAGCUUUUUUUUUUUCUUUAAAUGCCAAUAUAUUUUCAUGAUGAAAUAUGAAAAUAGGUAUAGCAUAAAAAGAUCUUUAAAUAUCAUAACCAAAAUUUGAUUAUUACCAGUACAUAAUUUAUAUGCAUUUGCAGAAGGCAUUUAUGUAACUUCCAUUCACAUUUAUUUGUGUCUGUCAUUUACACACCUACUAAUGACAUCAAAAUGCAUAAUGAGGCAGCAAUGCAGAAUACCCAGCUUUGUAUAAUAUGUUUACACAUUCUGAUUGCUAAUAUGCUAGAAAUAAGUCAAAAUGCUCUAUCAGUGGUAACUUUCUAAAGAGCUUAAUUUUGGUUAUCCAAAAUGUUUGAAUCUGUAAUUCCUUUUCUAUGUUUUUUUGUUUUUUUUUUUAUUAUUAUACUUUAAGUUCUAGGGUACAUGUGCAUAAUGUGCAGGUUUGUUACAUAUGUAUAUUUGUGCCAUGUUGGUGUGCUGCACCCAUCAGGAUAUAAAUGAUGAAUUGAUGGGUGCUGACGAGUUGAUGAGAACUGAAAGCUUAAUUAAGAAUGUUGUUUACUUUCAGGGAAGCGUGUGAUAUUUAACGUUAAUAUUUUAUUUGACACUACAGCCUGUAAUACUGCUCUCUUUCAAAAAUAAGUGUUUUCAGAUUUUUAUAACAGACCCAUUUUGUUUUAUGAAACAUGUUCAUUACAGUGAAGCGUGUUCGUUACAGAAAUAUGAGAAAAUAGAGAUAAGUAAAAAGAAUAAAAAUCACUGUUACCCUACCACUUUGCAGGACAUAGUAUUAAUAUUUAAGCAUAGAUUUUUCCAGAUGUUUUGUUUUAUAUAGCAGUAGGAUUGUAUAAUGUAUUCUCUCUUGUAGCCUGCUCUUUGAAGCGUAUCUUUACUUUCCAUGUUGACAUAAAUGUCCUUUUAUGAUUGUCUAGGAUUCCAUGGAUGGAUGGACUAUAAUUGAGUCAUCUGGUAGAGUGCAUAUAGGACAGGACACUAAGUUGUUUAUCUUUUGUUUAUUGUAAAGGAACUAUGUGGGAUGCAUUUGGUGAUCUUUUUAAAAAAUGUAUAAAUUUCUUGAGUAAUUCUUGGAUUAAAGAAUAUGCACUUUUUAAUGCUU